CAGACUAUGUUGGAUAAUCCAGAACGUUGGAUAAGCGAAUGUUGGAUAAGUGAGACUCUACUGUAUUUAUUAUGAAUAAUCAAACAACUCAAGGGGGUGUGCUGUUAAUUUUUUAAAAGAGAAUCAGAAACUCCGAAUAGUGAAGAGCUACUUAAUAUCUCAUAAAGAUUUCUAACAAGGUUAAAAAAAAAUCAAAACAAAAAAUAGGUUGUCGAAGGCUUUCAUGGCCGGGAUCACAGGGUUGUUGUAUGUCUUUCGGGCUGUGUGGCCAUGUUCCAGAAGCAUUCUCUCCUGACGUUUCGCCCACAUCUAUGGCAGGCAUCCUCAGAGGUUGUGAGGUAUGGAGAAAACUAAGCAAAGAGGUUAAUAUAUAUCUGUGGAAAGUCUAGGGUGAGAGAGGUCAGUAUGAAUGUAGUGUAGUUAAUCACUUAAAUUAGCAUUGAAAAGCUUAUCUGCUGUCUUCUUCCUGCCUCUGGGGCAUCCUUUGUUUAGAGUCGUUAACUGCCCUUGGUUGAUUCAUGUCUGGAAACCCUCUGUUUUCAGAGUAUUGCUUUUUAUUUACUGUUCUGAUUUUUGAGUUUUGUAAUACUGGUAGCCAGAUUUUGUUCAUUUUCAUGGUUUCUUCCUUUCUGUUGAAGUUGUCCACAUGCUUGUGGAUUUCAAUGGCUUCUCUGUGUAGUCUGACAUGAUAGUUGUUAGAAUGGUCCAGCAUUUUUGUGUUCUCAAAUAGUAUUCUGUGUCCAGGCUGGUUCAUCAAAUGCUCUGCUAUGGCUGAUUUCUCUGGUUGAAUUAGUCUGCAGUGCCUUUCAUGUUCUUUGACUCUUGUUUGGGCGCUGCGUUUGGUGGUCCCUAUGUAGACUUGUCCACAGCUGCAUGGUAUCCGGUAGACUCCUGCAGAAGAGAGAGGAUCCCUCUUGUCCUUCGCUGACCGUAGCAUUUGUUGGAUUUUCUUCGUGGGUCUGUAGAUAGUUUGUAGGUUGUGCUUCUUCAUCAGCUUCCCUAUGCGGUCAGUAGUUCCCUUGAUGUAUGGUAAGAACACCUUUCCUCUGGGUGGAUCUUUGUCUUGACUCUCAUGGCUUGUUCUUGGCCUUGCAGCUCUUCUGAUGUCUGUGGUGGAGUAUCCAUUGGCCUGUAGAGCCCAGUUUAGGUGGUUGAGUUCACCUUGGAGGAGGUGAGGUUCGCAGAUUCUUUGUGCACGGUCUGUCAGGGCUUUGAUUGUGCUCCUUUUUUGACUUGGGUGAUGGUUGGAGUUUUUAUGAAGGUAUCUAUCUGUGUGUGUAGGUUUUCUGUAAACUGUGUGGCCCAAUUGUUGAUUGGGUUUGCGGAUGACCAGAACAUCUAGAAAUGGCAGGUUCCUCCUUUUUUCCUCUCCCAAUUUUCCCAGGAGGAACAAAUGCACCAAACCGCCUCCAGGUGGCAGGCUACAAGCUUUCCUUGCCAGAACUAUUUUGGCUUCAAACACGUGACUGGAAGCGGAAGUCAAGGCCUUUAGGAAUGCAGGAGAAAGGGUGCAGCAAGAAAAGGCUUCCUUCCUUCCUUCCCAAGCAAGAGCCGGAGAAUAGAGAACGCUUGAGAGGCAGAAAAGGUGCCAGAAGCAGCCAGAUGUUGACAUUGUACUGAUAUAACUAGGUACACAGUGGAGUCUUCCUCUCAAAUCCCAAAAGAUGAAAAGAAAGGGAGAGAAAAGGGCUGAUGCAGAAACAGUUCAGGUUCUGUGUGACUCCCGAGAGGGUCUUUUGCUUUCCAGUCUUCAGGAGAAAAGCUGGUCUCUGUUAAAACCCUUCUCCUUGGACAAAGCGGUGAUGGAAAGGCCAGGAAAGAUACACUUCGUUCAGGAACCAGUGACCUUUGAGGAUGUGGCUGUAUAUUUCACUAAGGAGGAAUGGAACCUACUGGAUCCAAAACAAAUGGCUUUAUACAGAGAGGUGAUGAUGGAGAACUAUGAGAAUGUAUCCUCUCUUGUCCCAAAGCCAGAGCUCAUUUCUCAGAUGGAGCAGAAGAGAGAGCCGUGGGUGCCAGAUGCCCAGGACGGGGGUGAAGUGGAAAACUCUGAUAUCAGAUCAGGCCAUUUAUUGGAUAACUGCAGCCAAACAUACAUCUGUCCCAAGUGUGAGAAGUGUUUUAAACACCGAUUGGAUCUUGCAAGGCACUGGCGAACCCACCUGGAAGAAGAACGUUAUAGCAGAAGGAAUACUUACAACUCCAUCAUUUUGGGGAAACAUCUUGCCCAAAAGAUGGCUCUUUUGGUUCGCAGCAGUGUCCACAAUGAGAAAAAACGAUCUGAAUUGGAAGACUCUGGGAAAUAUUUCGUUGGCAGUUCACAUCUUUCAAGAGAUGGGAAAUUCCAAAGUGAAAAAGAGCCAUUGAAGUGUCAGAUGUGCGGGAAAUGUUUCGCACGUAAAGCUUACCUUAUUAGACAUGAGAGAGUCCACACAGGGGAGAAACCCUUUAAAUGCCAGAAAUGUGAAAAAUGCUUUGCUUCCAAGGGAGAUCUUGCGACCCAUCAACGAGUUCACACAGGAGAGAAACCAUACAAAUGUGACAUAUGUGAGAAAUGGUUUUCUUCUAAGUCCUACCUUGUGAUACACCAGAGAAUCCAUGCAGGGGAGAAACCAUACAAAUGCCAGGAUUGUGAGAAAUGGUUUGUUUCCAAGGCUGACCUCCUGAUACAUCAAAGAGUCCACACAGGAGAGAAACCUUACAAAUGCCAAGAGUGUGGCAAAGGUUUCAUUUCUGGGUCUGAUCUCGUGAGGCAUCGAAGAGUCCAUACAGGAGAGAAGCCGUACACGUGCAAGGAGUGUACAAAAUGUUUUGCUUCCAAGACUGAACUUGUUAGGCAUCUGAGAGGCCACAGUGGUGAGAAACCGUACCUAUGCAAGGAGUGUGGGAAACGUUUUGUUUACAGCUCCAAUCUCGCGACUCACCAGAGAACCCACACAGGAGAGAAACCGUAUAAGUGCCAGGAAUGUGGGAAAGGUUUUGCUUACAAGGCAUACCUUGUGACACACCAGAGGCUCCAUACAGGAGAGAAACCGUUCAAAUGCCAGGAAUGUGGGAAAGAUUUUGCUUCCAAGGCCGAACUUGUGAGACACGAGAGAGUUCACACCGGAGAGAAACCCUACGAAUGCCAGGAAUGUGGGAAAAAAUUUGCUCGGAAAUCAAUCCUCAUGCACCACUCUUCUCUCCACACAGGUGAGAAACCCUAUGAAUGCCAGGAAUGUGGGAAGUGUUUUAUUCUGAAUUCUCUCCUUGUGUAUCACCAAAGAACCCACACAGGGGAUAAACCUUACGAAUGCCAGGAAUGCGGCAAACGGUUUGCUCUCAGUGCACCGCUGCUGAGGCACCAAAGGCUGCACACAGGAGAGAAGCCCUUCAGAUGCGAGGAGUGUGGAAACAGCUUUGUGCACAAGUCUGCCCUCGUGACACACCGCAGAGUCCACACGGGAGAGAAGCCGUGGAAGUGCCAGGACUGUGGGAAGUGUUUUUCUCGCAGCUCACAGCUUGUGAUCCACCAGAGAGUGCACACAGGAGAGAAACCCUACAAAUGUGAGGAGUGUGGGAGAUGUUUUGCUGCUUAUUCCUCACUGGUUGGCCACCAGAAACUCCACACAGGAGAGAAGCCGUAUAAAUGCCAGAAGUGUGGGAAAUGCUUCGCACUCAGUUCUCACCUGGUGCAGCAUCAAAUAAUCCAUGCCAGAAAGGAACCACAGUCAUCCUACAUGGAGGGAAGAGAUAAAUCAGACAACUGCACAAAUGCCUUGCGGAAAAUUGUCAAGGAAUUAAAAGAAGAAGCCAGGCUGGAAAAGCUAAGGAGACAAGACAAAGGGUUAAAGGCACAGAGUCUCUUUCUCUCUCCUAGACAAGCAGGGGCCUCUGCAGCAACACAUGGCGGAAAGCCUUCUCUGAGGUCCCUUUCCUGCCCCACCUUCCCCCUCUCUUCCUCCUGGGGAGAGGUCUGGCUGGCCUCGGGUGACCCCCUUGGCCCCCUCCAAGGCUGCAGCCUGGCAAAGGCAGCCAAAGCGGAGAAGCUGUUGAAAGGAAGGAAGAUGGAGGAGUGGGAAUCCCCAAAACCCACAUCAGGGGAGCGAUUGACAGCAACUGGAAAAGACCUUCAUGUUGUCCAAGUUGAAACAAUUGGCGGGUUUCUGACCAGAGUUGCCCCGCCUCAGAUUAAGGAGGAACCAGAAGAGAGGUUGUCGCAGUUUUGGGAAGACGAAAGGAAGGCAUUCAGGAAGACGAGGACAACAACAACACCACAUUCAGAACGGAAAAACUCUCAGCACCCUCAGCUUCCAAUGGAGGGAAAUAGGAGGCAAAUGCAUAGAGAUGCUGAUUCCAACUGGCAUCUCCUUGGUGCAAAACCUAUUGCUGAAACUGUCCAGGGCUUUGAUGGCCAUGAAGUCACUGAGAACAGCAAGGGUCUGGACUCAUCGGUGGAAGUGAAGGGGGAGCUUCCAAACAUGGAUGCUCUCAAUAGGGAGAUGCGGUGUCAGCGUUUCCGCCAGUUUUGCUACCGGGAGGCCGACGGGCCCCGGAAAGCCUUCUGUCAACUUGGGAAACUUUGUCACCAGUGGCUGAAUCCGGAAAAGUACACCAAGGAGCGGAUCCUGGAGCUGGUGACCCUGGAGCAGUUCCUCCUGAUCCUGCCCUUGGAGAUGCAGUGCUGGGUCAGGGAGCAAGGCCCUGAGAGCGGCAGCCAGGCUGUAGCCCUUGCGGAGGAUUUCCUUUGGAGGCCCCAAGGAGCAGAGAGAGUGGAAGAGAAGAUCCCAGAGGAUUCCAAUGGCUUCUGUGCUGAUUCUUCCAAGUCAGAGCUGGAUCCCUCGGACAUUGUGAAGAUUGAGCUUCCCAUGGAUGGCGAUGGAUGCCACAUCCAGCCACCGUAUAUCCUUGGAAAGGCAGCUGGCUUGGAAGAAGGGAUGUACGACCGUUUGUGGAAGAAGGCCAGCUGUGACCUGUUGCCUAAGAACCAGAAAAUGCCGCUGAAGGAUAAGCCUCACAAAUGCCAGUAUUGUGGGAAGGCAUCUGACUGCAGGGCCCACCUGGUUAUCCAUGAAAGAACCCACACAGGAGAGAAACCCCACAGAUGUUCCACCUGCGGGAAGUGCUUCACCCGGAAAGAGUCGCUCAUAAUCCACGAGCGAUUCCAUACUGGCGAGAAGCCAUAUAAGUGCUCCACCUGCGGCAAAACCUUCAGUGAUAAAAUUGGCUGCCUCAUCCACGAAAGGACCCACACCGGAGAGAGGCCAUACAAAUGCUCGGAGUGCGGCAAAAGCUUUGGCACUCGUUGCAACCUCCUGAGGCACCGGAGAGUGCACACGGGAGUGAAACCGUACAAAUGCUCGGAUUGUGGGCAGAGUUUUAGGUACAGGCCGCAACUGGUGAUUCACGAAGGAAUCCACAAAGGAGAGAAGCCGUAUAAGUGUGCCGAGUGUGGGGAGAGCUUUAGCCAGACGCGGCACCUGGUGAUACACAAAUGGACCCACACUGGGGAGAGACCCCACAAAUGUGCCGUCUGUGGCAAAAGCUUCAACCAGAAAUCGGACCUUAUCACACACACGAGGACCCACACGGGGGAGAAACCGUAUGUCUGUGCUGAGUGCGGAAAGAGCUUCAUUUCUAGCUGCCAGCUCCGAAAGCAUGAGCGGAUCCACACGGGCGAGAAGCCAUACCAGUGCUCCGAGUGCGGCAAGUGUUUCACAUACAGCUCCCACCUCACUACGCACAAACGGACUCACACGGGGGAGAAGCCGUACCAGUGUCCCGACUGCGGCAAGUGCUUCAUCUUGAGCUCCCAUUUCACCGCGCACAGGCGGACGCACACAGGUGAGAAGCCCUAUCAGUGUUCAUACUGCGGCAACAGCUUCAUUCAAAGAUCGCAGCUCGCCAAGCAUGAAAGGUUGCACACUGGGGAGAAGCCCUAUGUAUGUUCUGAGUGUGGGCAAAGCUUCCGGUGGAGCCAAGGGCUCCAAAAGCACAUGCGGACACACACCGGGGAGAAGCCGUACAAGUGCCCGGAGUGCGAGAAAACAUUCUCCAAUUCCUCAAACCUUUCUAGGCACCAGAAAAUCCACACCAGGGAUAGACAAUAAAGGCUGUUAGAAUAGAGAUGACAACCCCGCAACUCUGUAGAUGUUGCUGAACCGCAACUCCUAGCAGCCUUUACUUGUGUAGGCAAUGGUAUGGAAUGCUGGGCUUUAGCACAGCAGGUUAAAGCACCAGAUGCAGUAAAUUUUGUCAGUCGAAAGGUUGACAGUUCAAAGCCUGGGUCAGGGUCAGGGCCGGCCGGAGAUAUUUUUAAAUGUUAAGCGGGGGUGCUAAAAAGCGCCCCCGCCACCGGCCCCGCCUCCGACGCCCUGGCCCCGCCCAGCGUGCCCUGGCCCCGCCUCCGACGCUGUGUGGGAGGCGGGGCCAGGGCGAAUAGUGCGGGGGGCGGGGCCAGAGUUGGCCCCGCCCCCCGCCCAGCGU